GUUACUUUCUUCACCUAACCCUGCCACUCCCCUUUUUCACAUAUAAAUACACAAAAAUAUCAUCCGACAACACCCACAACAAGAGCCAAACCACAGUGCUUUAACGCCUUCUGGUUGGAAUCAAUUCAAUCAUGCCCAGAUUGAUUUUUCUCUCUACAAUUUAAUAUUCCAGUGGAAUGCGUGUAUGUUUGGAAUUUUUUCAGGUUUGGGAAGUAUUGAGUGGUAGGAAUUGUUAUUGGUGUGAUGGAUCAGGCAAGAAGUGGAGGAAGUGGUGAGAUGUUGGACCAUGUUGAUGAAGGGGUGGGUGAGAAUUUGAGCCAUUUGGGUGAAGGAGUUGCAAUUGAUGUAGGAGCUGGUGGUAGCUUGGGUGACAGAGCUAGUGUAAGCGGCGAAGAUGGGAUUUCAGAAGAGAUGUGCAGUGAUGAUCUCGGGUUGAAUAACAAGGAGGUAGAGGAAGGGCCUCAAGAAGUUAAGGGUCAGGACAUCGGGGAACCGCAGAAGAUCGGUGAUGAAUUGCGCGAGGUUGAUCAAGGAACUAGCUAUAAUUCGAGUGGUUUGGUUAAUCCGGAAGUACCUGAGACUGAGACCUUUGUUGUAUUAGAUCUUUCUGCUCAGAGUGAGGGUGUAAAUGGUGGUAAUAGGAAAUUGGAAGAAAAAGCGAAUGAAUCAGGGUUGCGUAAGUUAUCCGUUAAGGCGCCAAAAGGGGUGUCUGUGGCAGAUAAAAAUUCAUGUGUGAUUGAUAUAAACUGUGGCAGCUGCAAAGAGUUUUGUGGGAAUAAGGAAGGUGAAAUGAUUUGUAGGAUUUGCCAUUUGGCCUCUGAGCAACCAUUAGAAGCAACAGCUGCUGGCGGCGCUCCGAAUAGUGUUGGGAAUGGUACUGGUUUGAUUGUGCUUGGUUGUGCUUGUAAAGAUGAGCUAGGCAUUGCACACAGUCAUUGCGCUGAGGCAUGGUUCAAGAUUAAAGGAAACAGGGUAUGUGAAAUAUGUGGUCAGACUGCAAAAAAUGUUUCGGAUAUUACUGAUAAUAGAUUUAUGGAAGAGUGGAAUGCAAGUAGAUUCAUCGACGGCGAUGAUACCUCGUCCCGCAGGUGCGGUGGGUGCUGGCGCGGACAGCCCUUCUGUAACUUCUUGAUGGCGUGCCUGGUGAUCGCCUUUGUUCUGCCAUGGUUCUUUCGUGUAAAUAUGUUCUAGUGGAGGAGUCACAACCCUAUUCUUCCCUUCAAUCCUUUGUCUCUGCUUCUAUGAUGAGUGCAUCAUUGGUUCCUGAUUCAUAUUUUAUCUGAAGGAGUGGUAAUGCUUAACCAUGUCCAAGUUCAUAUUUCUCAGUGUAUGUAUCACCAAAAUGGCAAAGUAUUUUCUUAUUGCAUUCUUUGGAUUGGAAAGUGUGGAGUUCUGAUAUAUAUACUCAAACAGUACAUAAUUCACAUAAAACAAGCAAACAGAAAGAGAGCAUCUCCUAGCUGAUGAUUCUUUUAUCUUUUUCACAUUUUUUCUCUUUUUUAUUUUAUUUUGUUGACUUGUCUGCUAAAGUUCAAAGAGAAUCCAAUGUCAUGUGAUUGCCAUCAAUGUGGUUUAUAUUUCCUUCA